GUGCAUUCGUGAUUUUCAAUGAUAAUGGUCCACGUCUGUGGACUCGCUUCCCUCCUCAUGUUAGGUAUAUAAUUAGUCGCCACUAUCUAGAUCUCAUUUAUACCUAUGUCGCUCAUGACAUUUGGUUUGUUCGGAGUUCCAAACAUGUGGUCUUCGACCGCUCAUUUGCAGGUAUACCCCAUACGAAGGUGGGAAUAUCAAUCGCCUUUAGACGAUUUUGUACAUUCUCGUGCCAGCCAAGAUCGUCGUUCACCUUCUUAUUGUUUUCGUAUGUUGUGCCAUGGUGAUUACUGUGGGUUAAGGUAUGCUCGACGUCCAAGUUGAGGCACGGCAGCGCUUCCAGAACCAGACGCGACAGUAACUCCUGCCGCUCCGUAAAGAAUGGGUAAACGCCUUUACCAUGAUCAAACAGACCCUAUAUGCCCAUUCCAUUCGCAUAAUGAGAGCCACUGUCUUCGUUUUCCGCUUGCUGGCGAUGGUCGGUAUUUCUUUGGUCUUUAAUGAAGGAACAGUAGUAAAAUCCUAAUCAUAUAAUUCUUUUUAUAUGCAUUGUACUAGAGGAGCUUCAGCCCUCUGCAGCUUCGAUCCGUCAACAAGGGGCAUGCUUAUUACUACCACGUAGAAGGUUCCCAAUAAAUAAAAAAAAUAAAUAAAUAAAGAAGAAUGCAUCGGGUAUAAUAGCACGAAG